UGCGUGGGGCGUCCGGCGGCGCGCGGCGGGGGGGAAUUCCACAGAGGCGGAACGUCCCCGCCCGAGUUCCGGUUUCCGAGCACGAGCCGAGGCACUUUGGGCGACGGCCCUGGGGACCCGGAGCUCUGAAGAGGACGGACCAUAGAGGUUGUCUGAAGGCCGAGGCCGAGAUGGCGGCGCUGGCGGCUCCCGGCCUGCUCCGUGGGAUCCUUGCUCUUCGCUCCGGCGUGGGCGCGGCUCUGCAGGUGCGCGGGGUCCAUCCGAGCUCGGCCGCUGACAGCCCGAGCAGCACCUACCCCGCCGUGUCCCAGGCCGGAGCCGCGGUCCCCAAACCCGCCGCCCUUCCCAGCAGCCGGGGCGAGUAUGUGGUGGCCAAGCUGGACGACCUCAUCAACUGGGCCCGCCGGAGCUCCCUGUGGCCCAUGACCUUUGGCCUGGCCUGCUGCGCCGUGGAGAUGAUGCACAUGGCAGCGCCCCGCUACGACAUGGACCGCUUCGGCGUGGUCUUCCGCGCCAGCCCCCGCCAGUCCGACGUGAUGAUCGUGGCUGGGACGCUCACCAACAAGAUGGCCCCCGCGCUCCGCAAGGUCUACGACCAGAUGCCAGAGCCUCGCUACGUCGUGUCUAUGGGGAGCUGCGCCAACGGAGGCGGCUACUACCACUACUCCUACUCUGUGGUGCGGGGCUGCGACCGUAUCGUGCCCGUGGACAUCUACGUCCCAGGCUGCCCGCCCACGGCCGAGGCCCUGCUCUAUGGCAUCCUGCAGCUGCAGAAGAAGAUCAAGCGCGAGAAGAGGCUCCAGAUCUGGUACCGCAGGUAGUGCCAGCCACCCGGCCGCCCUGCGGCGUCUGCGCUGUUACUCCAGAGGCGGUCAAUAAACCCGAUAAACCCGCC